CAUUGCCAAAGUAAAUAGUGGGGUUCAAGUGCCGGCAACCAGCACAAAGGAGCUGCGACGAACACGCACAAACCGGCCCCAUCGUCAUUUCAUCACCUCAUGCUGAGAAACACUCUAAUUCACAGCGCCAUUUCACCUUUCAGCUUUGGCUUCGAUGAUUAUAAGCUUAAAAUUCGAAUUGACGACUUCAAUCCCCAUUUGCAUACCCGGCCCGUCGACGCCAGGGUAGCCGACCUGACCAACCUCCCAUAAGAAGCAACUAGUCACAACUCGACGUCUUCGCGGGCUCGCUGAGCAAAGAUGAAGGCUGCUCCUCUUCUUGUCGCCUGGCAUAACGAGAAUGCUCCCAUAUAUUCUGCGCAUUUCCAGCCCACUGGAUCUGGGCGGCUCGCGACCUGUGGGGGAGACAACAAUAUUCGGCUUUGGAAGCUCGAACCAGAUGGCGACGAUCGGAAAGUAGUAUAUUUGAGUACUCUAGUCAAACACACGCAGGCUGUCAAUGUUGUUCGCUGGUGUCCCAGAGGUGAUCUACUGUGCAGUGCCGGCGACGACGGAAACGCUCUUCUUUGGGUCCCUUCAGAAUCCCAGACACACACUGCCUUUGGCGAGGACACGGCUGAAGAUAAGGAGACAUGGCGGGUAAAGCAUAUGUGCCGCUCAUUUGGAUCGGAGAUAUACGACCUUGCGUGGUCCCCAGAUGGAGUUUUCUUCAUCACGGGUAGCAUGGAUAAUGUCGCGAGGAUCUAUAAUGCACAGACUGCAGGCCAAAUGGUCCGACAGAUUGCAGAGCACAACCAUUAUGUACAAGGCGUGGCGUGGGACCCCCUGAAUGAAUUUGUUGCGACACAAUCAUCUGAUCGAUCGGUUCAUAUCUAUACAUUAAAGACUAAAGACGGCCAAUUUACUCUUGCACAGCAUGGAAAGGUCACCAAAAUGGAUCUGCCGGCUCGGAGAAUAUCCUCCAGCAGCCCAGCACCUCCGGAUUUGGGGAAUAGACCAUCGGUGCCAACUGAGGGCUCGUCUGUUACCAUAGCAUCACCAGCUCCCUCAGCUCCUGGAACUCCAAAUACUGGCCCGUUGCCGAUGAAUCCUCCUGCCGUUACUCACAGUCGUCGAUCAUCCUUUGGCUCCUCACCAUCCAUCCGACGAUCUGCCUCCCCGGCGCCCACGCUACCAUUGCCAGCUGUUCGACCCAUGGAAAAUUCUCCUGGCCUUCAUGGAGCACUUAGCGUUCGCAAUACUAACAUCUACGCCAACGAGACCUUCACCUCAUUCUUUAGACGGCUUACAUUCGCACCAGACGGAAGCUUACUUUUCACUCCUGCUGGGCAAUACAAGACCUCUCAUCCUUCUUCGACCGAUCCAGGAAAGACAGCGGACGAUGUUAUCAACACUGUGUACAUAUAUACCCGAGCUGGCUUCAAUAAGCCGCCAAUUGCUCACCUUCCUGGGCACAAGAAACCUUCUAUCGCUGUCAAGUGCUCUCCAGUAUACUACACACACCGUCAGAACUCGAAACCGACUCGGCAUAUUGUGGUGGAUACUUCGUCUGCAGAGGAAGAAAUGCCCACGAAUGACGUCCCUGCUGCAGAUACAUCUAAGCCUUUGGAUGGAGAGGCGAACUCAACUUCUGCGCCACCGCCAGCAUUUGCUCUGCCAUACCGUAUGGUCUAUGCGGUAGCAACGCAGGAUGCGGUCUUGGUGUAUGAUACUCAGCAGCAAACUCCUCUCUGCAUAGUGAGCAACUUGCAUUUUGCCACUUUCACCGACCUCACCUGGUCCAACGAUGGGCUGACACUGCUCAUGUCUUCCUCGGAUGGCUUUUGCUCGGCGCUGACAUUUGCUGCUGGCGAGCUCGGACAAGUAUACACUGGAUCUGUGCCAACUGCUCACCAUCCAACCAUCAACAUCGCUGCUGCCACUGCUUCUUCGGUGCAAUCGACGCCUACUCCUACUCCAACCUCUACCACCGCCCCUGCCAUACCCAAACAACCGGCAGCUGCUCAACCGCUUCCUUCGCCUUCGCAAAUUCCAUCUACCCGCCCUGUCAGUCCGACACGGUCAUCAUCCACCUCGUCUGUCGCUACUCAGUCAGGCACGGUCAUUAGCAAUCCGACGCCCGUGCUCAGCAGUGUACCGAGCGUUGCAGCAACACACUCGAGUGCUGUCGGAGUAGUGCCUUUGACAACACCUCCACAAACUCCGCUUCCAGGUCCCAGCGGUGCAGCUCUCUCGACCAAUGCCGCAAGUAUUCUUGGCAAAAGAGAUUCAGCCCCUCCUCCUACCGAGGGCCACAAAGACGAGGGCAAGGAGCCCAAGAAGCGCAGGAUCGCUCCCACCUUGGUCAGCGUCGAGGACAACGGAGAUGCUCCGAAAUAACGAAGCCAUUUUCUUCUUCUC